CGUUCAUUUGUGCGCACGUUUUCGACCUAGAAGCUGCUUCCUACAGCUAGGCGGAAAAUCGGUUCUCCCAGAAAACUUGUACAGGAAUGGAAAUGGUUCCUGUUUUAGUGACAUAGUGACUGACUAUUCGGUGACGAUUACGAAGCAGAAAAAGGACUAAUAUCUACGUCGCACCCGUCUAGUAGCAGGCAAUCCGCCCGUUGAUCCCGUGUGUGUGUAUGCAACGACAUUGAAGAAGUCUCCUGAAAUAAGAAAAAAACGAACGAACGAAUUGGGCUGGCACAGUUUCUAGGAAAGUGGUUUUAUCGGUCAAUCGUUGCAAGUUGUAAAAAACGAGUAUCCACGCGAGCCCCAUCGGUCGUAGGCUAGAUGUGUGAAGGGGCGUUCUGAAGUUGGUAGUUCUGGGUUUUCCUUAGCUUUCGUGUUCUCUGUAGCCUGUAGCCCCGUUGGGAUUUGAACGAUUCUUCCGGAUCGACGAAAAGUACGCAAACGGAAAAUGUAAUCUGCUGUGGGGAUUCAAACAAGGCGAAGAAAAAGGCUCGCCGGUGAUGACAACUCAUCAUCCCCACUGCCAACCAGGUGCGACAGCAACCAGCGCAGAAACAAUGGAGAUGGGGCCAACCGAGGCACUAGCGUGAGUCAUCAUCACUCGGUCUGCACUCGGCGGCUCGUGCUCCGCAGCUCGGAAAGGAGCCUCCCAGGAGAAAGCGGUGGUGUUUCCUACUACUGCUUGCUGCAGCCGCAAUUAAAUGGUGAUAAACAUGACGUAAAAAAACUGUGAAUAUAAAUCGCUCGGGAAUAGCGGAACUAUACUCGUUACACGGAAUUCACAGUACAGACAUUGUGACACUUCUUGGAAACGGGAGAAAGCAUGAAAGCUAAAGCGUCCAUCCGAAUUAAAUGUCAGAGUGUAUGAGAAAAUAAUUCGAAUUACUUUCAUAAUUAAAUUUGAAACCUUAGAUCGACGGGAAGUAAGCCAAAUUGAGUUACGUUAUUCAAAAUCAUUAAUCGCCUAUGCUUUGUAGUGAUACUCAAUUACGUGACAUAGUAUUAGAACUGUCCAAUAAUUCAAUAAUUGCUUAGUUUGACUAAUAACCCGACCACGAAGGUUCUAAUAAUCAAAGAACGCUGGAGGUCAGUGCAAAAGAAAGAAUUUGCAAAAAGAAAAAUUAAGCUAUCUGUGGUAAAUGUUGUGUAGAUAAUAAUAGUUCAGAAAAAAAAUUUCUGAAAUAAAAUCAAAAUAGUGAUCAUACCGUUCAAGAGUAGCGUAGUGUUUCUAGAAAAAAAGUGUGGCCAUUCCGGAUUCCGUAAAGUGUAUAUAAUCCCAUCGGUCAGGUUGAUAUCGUUUUUCAAUAAUAAAUUGAAUGAACAAGGUAUGUGUGGUGGAUUCUCGUGGCUCCAUUUUUAUUACCCUUCGUAAUAAUAAAUAGCAUUCUCAGAUAUCACAUACACUAAUAUACAGCACGGUUGGUGUACUGACGACACCGCGAAAAGUUUUCCAGCACGAUGUCAAAGGAUAUACUGUGGGUGAAAGAUUGCGUGAAAGGUGCUGGCAAUUGGAAAGGAAACACUAACGCGACCGAAGAGAAUCCUGUACAUCUCCCGUGAAGGUGCGCCCGCGCACAAACACACAUACAUUCAACAGGAGACACACAUUCACUGGGGUAGUGAGGUGUAAUAAAAAAAUUCACAUCUCACGACCGACAAAGAAUCGCCUUCAAAAUCCGUCUCUGUAGUGCAACUGAAAACAAAUAUUACUAGUGGAGAAGAUACAAGGUAGUAACUAGUCUAGAGAAGGUGCACGUAAACGUCUGCCACGAAUGACGUAGCGGUCGGCUCGAAAACAAGUCUGUGUCACUAUUAAGCACAUCACUUGUCCCGUAUCGACAGAAUUUCUGGGCCAUGCCAGUGACUAAGCCUGAAUCACCAACAUCUCUGUCUGAAUUACCGCUGUCCAAGUCACCGUCGCCAGUGUCGUCCUGGUCGCUCCAAGGAUCGUUCAGCUCGUUAUCCACACUGUCAUCGCGAUCUGGUUCACCGUGUUCGUCGGUGUCGGUGUCGUUGUCACUGCUGUUCUUUCGCAGCGGUGUCCCGUUCAGGAGUAACAGGCCGACUACAAUCCUGUCAUUAGAGUUAGGCGAACGAUUUUGUUAUUCUGAGUUCGGUAGAAUACACGUGUUGCUAUUAUCAAUACUCGUACUAGUGACCGAUUUCUGUUUCGUAGCGAAAAAGGAUGGCAAUAGGCAAUCCGGUUUUAUGAGUUGAAUAGAGAAGAUGUCUGGAUUCAUGUAGCGUGGCCCUAUGGUGGGCGAUCGCGACCGAGAGCGUGAAGCGGUGCGCUGGGAACUGGGGGAAACUACGCCACCCCCGUUUAAUAAUGGUGGACCGGGAACUACGAUGUGCAGCGGUCCAGCAGCACCGGGUGGUAGCUUCGACGAUGGAACUACCACCACAACGAACAUGGGAGGCAUGGGUGGAGGAGGAGCAGGAGGCAGCACUGGUGGCCUCGGUGGAGUUGGCCUACCGGGUGGUGGCGGAAUGGUUGGUGGAGGAGGAACAGGAGGCGGUGGAACUUCGGGUGGCGGCGGAAGCUCGAAGGAGGUCCGCUACGCUCCGUUUCCUAUACAGUCACCGACACAUCCUGCCUCGGCGAGUUUUGCACAAAUGUCCCAGGCACCGCUGCAGAGGGCACAUUCCAGAUCUAUGUCAUCAAUACCACCGGAGCCCUUCAUGAUCAUGCGCUCGAAGGCGCUCAACCGACGUGUGCUGAUUAACGUGGGUGGCGUAAAGCAUGAAGUAUUGUGGCGAACCCUAGAACGGCUGCCCCACACACGACUUGGAAGACUGCGCGAGUGUAACACGCACGAAGCAAUAUCGGAGCUAUGCGAUGACUACUCACUGAUAGACAACGAAUACUUUUUCGAUAGACACCCGAAGAGUUUUAGUUCCAUACUUAAUUUCUAUCGUACCGGGAAACUACACCUGGUAGAUGAAAUGUGUGUGCUGGCGUUUAGCGACGACCUCGAGUAUUGGGGCGUCGAUGAACUGUAUCUUGAGUCCUGUUGCCAACACAAGUACCAUCAACGGAAAGAACACGUCCACGAGGAAAUGCGCAAGGAAGCCGAAAGUCUGCGGCAACGAGAAGAGGAAGAAUUCGGAGACGGAAAAUGCGCACAAUAUCAAAAGUAUCUCUGGGAACUGCUUGAAAAGCCCAACACUAGUUUUGCUGCUAGGGUAAUUGCCGUGAUAUCUAUUCUCUUCAUAGUAUUAUCUACGAUAGCUUUGACACUCAAUACAUUACCGUCCCUGCAAUCCGAACAUAACGGCACCUCCCAGGACAAUCCCGAGCUAGCGAUGGUUGAGGCGGUGUGCAUCACCUGGUUCACGCUCGAAUACGUCCUGCGAUUUAGUGCAUCGCCGGACAAGUGGAAAUUUUUCAAAGGCGGCCUCAAUAUAAUCGAUCUGUUUGCCAUUCUGCCCUACUUUGUGUCCUUGUUCCUGUUGGAGACCAACAAGAACGCCACGGACCAGUUCCAGGAUGUGCGCCGGGUGGUGCAAGUCUUCCGCAUCAUGCGCAUCCUGCGAAUCCUUAAGCUGGCCCGACAUUCAACGGGCCUGCAGUCGCUAGGCUUCACGCUGAGAAAUUCCUACAAGGAACUGGGUCUGCUAAUGUUGUUCCUGGCAAUGGGCGUACUCAUAUUUUCGUCCCUCGCAUACUUUGCUGAAAAAGACGAGCCUCAGACCAAGUUCGUAUCUAUACCCGAAACAUUUUGGUGGGCGGGAAUCACCAUGACAACGGUUGGCUACGGGGACAUCUACCCCACUACUCCGCUUGGAAAAGUGAUUGGUACCGUGUGUUGCAUAUGCGGCGUACUGGUAAUCGCAUUGCCCAUUCCUAUCAUCGUUAACAAUUUCGCUGAGUUUUACAAGAAUCAGAUGCGGCGGGAGAAGGCGCUCAAACGACGCGAGGCGCUCGACCGUGCCAAACGCGAAGGAAGUAUAGUCAGCUUUCACCAUAUCAACCUGCGCGAUGCCUUCGCCAAGAGUAUGGACCUGAUAGACGUCAUUGUCGACACUGGUGAUCAAAGUGACCCGAUGGAAUCACCGGUGGAAUCAGUGCUGGCAACACCGUUAGCCGCCCGACGACGGCAGCCGCCGCUUUCCUCGAGACUGGCCGAACUGAACGAAGAACUGCGAGCCGAAUCACCGAGACACAAUCUGUCGAUUGCGGAUGGAAACAGCACUGAAGAAGGUGACUCGGUGAGCGGUGGUCGAAAUCCCGCCAUGACAGGUUUUGGUUGUUAUAAAAACUACAAACAUUCCGCUGGAUUGAGAAAAAGAGAAAACUCACAGUCCGAUAGCUACCCGGCAAAUCCCUCGGAACACAUAGAUGCCGAAGCAGCCCCGCCCUACAGUCCAACGAUGCAACAUCAUAACAUGAUGCUCGACUUAGAUGCUACGGAGGAACAACAGCUAAUCAUGCAGGAAACUCCUCGACACGAGCCUCCUGUCAUGAUGGCAACGAGGGCGUACAACAACAAUCAGUGGAGCAACGAGGAAGUAGAAGAACUACGACGACAAGUUGCUUUAGAAACUUCUUCCACAAGUAAACGGGACAAAUCCGAUACUGAACUGCCAUCCGAGUAUGAGUGUUGUUUUUGCACGUCAAAGGAGUACAAAGAAUUUAUCGAUGCUGAAGGUUUAAUGCCACUUCCUACUUCCGACUUCCACACGACGGUCUGUCUAGAGAUGCGUAUGCUAAAAAACAGUAUGAAUAAUAACUGUAUAGUCCCACCAGCACAAUUUGGUCCAAGUACAAUAUCAUAUCCAUAUCCGUAUAUGGAUACACCAAUCAAACAUUCUAAUAACUGUAAUAAUAGUAAUGGUAAUAGUAAUGUCAACGGUACCAGUAACAACAAUUACGCUAGCGGUAAUAAUAACAAUAGUAAUAGUAACAACGGUGAUUUAGCUAGUGUCGAUAGCUCCGAUACCUACGCUAGUUGUCAAACGCAUCCAUUCCUGUCACAAGGUGAUCUAACAUCCGAUAUUAUAGAUAUGUCAUUCGACUUAGACACGCUAGACACGAGUAAUCUGUACAUAAAUCCGUUGGAGAAAGAUACUCAACAACAUCGUUCCGUAGGUAGAGCCCAGGUCAAGAAAAGUAUAUCCGGAGACACUGGCUUGAAGAGUUUAGGUGCCAGCCCGAUGGACGAGGAGUACAAGCAGUUCCAGACCAACUUCGAUUCGGCCGACCGAGGCAGUCGGGUCAGCCUGAACGAAACCCCGGUACCAAAACAUCGCAAAACCCGCUUCCAACAGGGUGCUGCCUCUACGGUAUUGGCCACUGCUAGUAAGCCCAAAGCACGCUUUGAAAAUCUCAAAUCAUCCAUCGAAAGUCUCGAGGAAACAGGUCCGGCUGGUGCCACUUCCAGCAGCAGUAGUACGAACAAGAAAACACGAAGAUCUUCCUUCAUGCCAGCCAAAAGUAUAGCUUCUGCAACCAAACUUAUAAAUCAGCAUCUGUUUGGCAUUCAGAAUCCAUCGCCAAGAGGUAAAGAAGAUACUAAAAAAUUAUCGUUGUCCAUAGAUUCGAUAGAAACAUCACCUCAGUUAGAAACUCAUCGGCGGUCGAAAUCGAUCCUUAAAAAUAAAUCUGAAGCGUCGAGACUUCUGUCCGAUCCAGAAAGUGAAAGACUAUUGGCUGACAAUAUGUCUGGAUCUGGAGUCUCGGAUAACGGUGCUACGAUGGGGAGCGACUCAAAUACUGACUACUCCGGAUGCACAAUGAUCGCCACCUCGAUCACCCCGAUAGCGCAACGACACCGACUAGUGCACCAACGUUCGACACCAGCUUCUUUGGGCAGCAAAGCGAUUGCCAAGUUCCAGCAACCUCGCUAUUCGCAGGAGGAAGUCGCACGGCAAGGCAACCCGCAUCUGACCCGAGGUAUCGGCAUUGGUACAUACGUCGAUCAUCUCACGGGUGACCGCAGGCUGGAAUCGGGUACUAGAGAUAGCAGCACAGAAUCGGAAACAGCAUUUUCAACAUAUCUUGCAGCUACUAAUAACAGUAAUAAGGACAAAGCCUCUUUCGCUGGCAGUAGCUUGACCUCGAGUGAUGAAAGCAAAACCACCACUAGCAGAGGGAACUCGGUGGAAAAUCACGGCGGAAGUAGCGGCUAUGGAGCAUCAUCAUCGUAGCAGGAAGAUGUCACACUUAUUCUCAACGAAAAAUAUUAAAACUAGUUAAUGUUACCAAUCUGUAAAUAUGCUUUUCUACAUGCAACGUACUAAACAAAUGAAAGUGACAACCCAAGCCGCACUUUCGAAAUGCAAUCAACAAUUAAAGUAUGUGCCGACGAGAACAGAAUCCAAAUAAAACGCAAAGUUAUUAAUUCAAAUUUAAAACAAUAGCUGAGACACACCGUAAGUUAAGAUCUUUUAAAGACAUUCGUACUAGGAAGUAAACUAUUCGCCAAGCACACUUCUUAAGCAUAUUAAAAGGCGAUCCCUGAACACACAAGCAAAAACGAAACAAAUCGAUCAUUAUAUCACAUCAAAACUUAAGAACAUUAAUGUUUACGAGCAUAAGAAAACAAAUGAUAUUAGUCGCUACACUCUAAACGUCAAAUGCAUCGAUUAUAGCCACAAUCUCACCGGAAACCGGUGACAGCCCCACUGCAUAGAAAAAUGAAAAACGAAAGCACACCAAUGGACAAAAAAUCACGAAAAAUCCAAUCGCAAUCACAGAGGCAACAAAACCAGAAACGAAAACAGGAGGAUUUACAGUGCCCUCGUAUCGUUAUUCCAGCAGUUUCCGAAGAAUUUUCAACCCGCACGGCUAGUCUACAUAUCUACAUAACAAUAUGUGGAAGAAAUGUGUUUCUAACGCUAACAGUUUUGUAAAUAUUUUGUUUAACUGUAAAAACAAUCAAACAGAAAAGAGAUUGUUUUCCGCGAGAGAGAGCUCGAUUAAUCGAAAAAUAAACGAUUGAUAAAAGA